UGAACGCGCGACGCGUGCGCACACAGUACAGUGCCGAAUCGCCUCCGACAAGUACGGUCCGACGAAUUCGCACGAUUUUCAUUAUUAUCGGUAGGUAGACCGUGAACGAUUUCAAAAUUUUUUUCGGGUUAACAGUGCUGCCGUGUUUUUGUGUGUGAGGGUUGAUUUUCGUUUUGGCGAUAUUAUAUCGUUUCGUUUCUAUCGCUCGCCCGACCUCCGCCGCUCUCGAAGCUCUAUCGAACGCUGCUCACUAUGUACUACUAUGUAGUUCCGAGCGGUGCAACGGUUUUCGGCGAUAAAUAACGUCAGUCCGUCCGACGAGCCAGUUUCGCGUUUUUUAUUAUUUAUUUAUAAUAAAUACGAUUUGCGCGGGCGACGGCGAACCAUUAUAAUAUUAUACACACACUAAACCGGUUGUUGACCUCUGGCGAGGGCGCGCGGCCGAGCGCGAGAGCGACGGCGGCGGCGGCGGCGGCGGCGGUAGCACCGUCGACGGCAGACGCGCCGCCGACCCGGUCACAUCUCGGACCGUCGCCUCCGCCGCCUCCGCCGCUUCGACCGCCACAGAUGUCGUCGGACUCGGUCGCCGUUGCCGGGACAGCCACCGACGACAUCCGCCACUACCGGCAUCACCACCGUCAUCAUCAUCACCAUCAUCUCCAUCACCACGGCAAACGUUAUAAGCGACCGCCUCCGCCGCCGUCGUUGCGAAGAUCGCCGUCGCCCGAGACGGCCGUGGCCACGCGCGACACGCCGGACGCCGAAGCAUACCAUCAUCCUGUCAAGUACACCGGAUCCGUAGCGGUCAACUGUCACGAUCAGAUGGCACGAGUCGAAUUCGUUAGAAACCUAAUGGCCAAACACAGAAAGGUGCAAAUUGAAAAAGAAGUCUCCCUGUUAAUUACUGUAUCCGGUAUUAAAGUAUGCAGUCCAGAUGGCAAGGAGGUUUUAAUGGCUCACGGACUCAGAAGAGUUUCGUACGCUACGUGCGAUCCGGGUUGUAAACAGUUUUGUUUCCUGGCCAGACAACCUGGUGGUCAUAUCAACAAACAGUACUGUCAUUUGUUCGUUACAAAGACGGCUGAACAGGCUGAAGGAUUAAAUUCUAUUGUGGGAAAUGCGUUUAGAAUGGCGUAUGCUGCCCAACUGGAGCUGGAAAGACGAUCGGUGACGAACUCGCCAAAAUCCAAUUUGAACAAUACUUCAUGGAUGAAAUUAAAUGAUAAAUUCAAUGUACAACGAAUCCAUAAUGGAUCUCCUUUAUCGAAGAAGCUUAUUGAAACACCUAAACCAACUCCACCAACCACCUUACCAGGCGUACGUCCUUUUGACCAUAGCAAAGGUUUAGAUCUCACGCCAGGGCAGUUUUCUACACCGACUAGUAGUGACGACAGUCCAGAUUUAAAUACAUACAAGCGUAUGUUAGAAAAACCGCCAUUAAUUAAACGUUUAGCCAUGGGCUUAUCCGUACACAACAACUGCUCUAACGAAGACUGGUAUCCACUAGUUUGUAGCUCUUCUGUAUCAAGCUCGCCGUCUACCAAUAGUGACGAUUGUAGUACUCCCGAAUCUUCUCAAGAAAAAUUAAAAGAUAAUAGAUUAACUCAAUGUAGUGCACGAUCACCAGACUCACCUACUAAUAUCAAACUUAAAAAUAAUUUGAUAUCAAACAGUUUGGACAAAACUCCAACUCCUCCACCUUUACCAGAACGAUCAGAUAGUCUUUUAGAUAAACCAGAAGAAUGUGAAUUAAAAAAAGCACCGUGGUUUCAAGCCGGGAUUCCAAGAGAAAUAACACUGGAAGUUUUAGGACAAGAACCAGUAGGAGCUUUUAUGGUUCGCGAGAGUACCACCAAACCAGGAUGUUUUGCAUUGUCAUUAAGAGUACCUCAAGAAUUUCAUCCUCUAGGAAUCGCUCAUUAUUUAAUUCUCAGAACGAACAAAGGAUUUAAAAUUAAGGGUUUUACGAAGGAAUUCACAACGUUAACCGCAUUAAUAACACAUCAUUCAGUAAUGCCAGAACUACUACCUUGUCCCUUAUCUCUGAGCCGAUACAAUCCAACAUUUGUAAAAUCUGAUUCUAAUCAGGACUUUGCCGAUAUUGAUGCAGAUCCAGAUUAUAAUACACUUGCAGACUUUAGAAAAAUGAUGGCUGAUUUAAAUGUAUAAACUUUUAACAUUUUAAUGAAACAAAGCAGUAUUAUAAUAAUUUAAAAAGAUUUUUAUUCUUAAUUUGAAUAUAUAAUUUGUAUUGUUAAUAAUAUGAGUUUUAAGUAAAAACAAGUUAAAAUUAAAUACAAUAAAUAUGAUAUAUUAUGUUAUAAAAUAUCAACAAUAAUAACUAUGGUUUCCUAAAAAGUAUUUACAUUUUUAACUCGUUAUAACAAUAUACAUUUUUAAUAAUUUUACAACAUUUUACAACUCAUAAACAUAAAGUUUAUUCUGUUUUUGAUUUGAACUGUAAAUUCAAAUAAUUUAUAAUAUGUAUUAUUUAAAUGUAAAAAUCAUUAUAAUCCGAUUAAUUUUAUAAAAUAUUUUAUAAUACUCGUAAUCUUGUAUCAACUAUUGUAAUAUUAUUUUAUCAAUUUAUAAUUUUUCGCAUAUUAUAUCAAAACAUAAUUUGGUAACUGAAAAUAAUGCCAAAUUAUAGGCAAAUUGAAAUGUGUAAUUUUUGUAAAGUAAAAAAAUAUGAUUAUCAUUCCUAGUCUCGUGUGAUAGAUACAAAAAACUGUAUAUAUUAAAAUAAAUAUUUAUUCACAAACUA